GCGCGCGGGCACGCGCGGCCCCGGGUCUGGGCUUAGCUCGGUUCGGCCCGGCCCGGCCCGGCAUCGGCGGCUCCUUGUCCCGUGUCUUGUGCCCGAGGGUGCGAAAGGCCCGAGAGCCGGAUCGCGGUCAGCUCUGCCGCCCUCUGGGAAGACCUUGCCUUUAGCGGAUCUUAACGCGAAUUCUAACAGGGCUCUGUUUUCGGUGCUUUAAAUUAUUAGUGCUCGGAGCGCCGCAGCUGGUUCCCUUCCAAGCAGUGAGCGAGUCACGUUCACCCGAGCUUAUUUUCUGAGCGCUGUCAUCUUGUUGCUUUUCGCGCUGUUGUCUCCGUGCUGCCUCAAGUGUAGUGAGAUAGUGGAUGGCUGAAAUUUGGCUCAACCAUUAAGUUGCUGAAAUGUUUUGCUGCUUGAGAACCGUGAGAAGGUUGUGUCUGGACAAGAUAUUGCUGCAGUACGCUCUUCAGUCAAGAACUUUGUCAGGUGCCGAUGCCAUCAAUGCUCUCAGACCUUUCUAUUUUGCUGUACAUCCAGAUUUCUUUGGCCAGCAUCCCAAAGAGAGGGAAGUAAAUGAAAACUCUCUGAAGAGGCUAAAUGGCUACUUGGAGAACCUACAGAAACCAGGAUUUCGUUCCUUUAAGCCGACGCAGCUUACUUUUUAUGUAAGAGAAAGAGAACCAAACUCUUCUAAUGUUCAGGAAUCCUUCAGUGCUUCAGGGUUUCGAGCAGUCAGUUUUACGUUACAUACUAGGGAUCUCCUGAGCACAGUACUAGAUAUUCUCAACUCCUGCAGUCUAUCUACAGAGCAUGUUCAGAGUUUGAAUGUGAACUCUCAGCUCCACAAGGAAGCAAAAAGCACAGUGAACAGACCUAUCAAGUGGGAUAAGACUUACUAUUCAUUUACUGGAUUCAAGGAUCCUGAGGAGGAACUAGAGCAAGCCCAGAGAGUGGAAACAACUUUACUGUCCUGGCUAGAUGAUAAUGAAGCAAGUGCAGUAAAGAAGCUGAAAAAGAGUUUGCCACUUAGGAAAGAAUUAGAACGUUUAAAAAUUGAACUUUCUCAUGAACUCCAGCUCUCAGAUAUCAGGUGGCAGAGAAGCUGGGGCAUUGCUCACCGCUGUAGCCAGCUACACAGUCUGGGUCGCUUGGUCCAACAGCGACCUGAAAUAUUAGAGAAUGUUAAAGGACGCACGGUGGUAUUUACAGACCGCUCGGGUAUGAGUGCAGCAGGUCACAUAAUGCUGGGGACCAUGGAUGUUCACCAUCACUGGACCAAAAUUUUUGAGAGACUGCCAAAUUAUUAUAAGCUUCAAAAAAGGCUGCUGCUUUUGGAAGAUCGGAUAAGCCAACUUCUGGGAGGCAUCCAAGUAAUAUACAUUGAAGAACUGCAGCCUCUCUUCACUCUAGAAGAGUACUUUGAGACUCUGAACUCUUUCUAUAAUAAACUACGUGACAGCAGAUUACCUUUUCAUCCUCGCAGUCUGCGAGGCUUGCAAAUGAUUCUGGAAAGUGACAGAUAUGCGCCAAGCCUACAUGAACUUGGACACUUUAUGAUCCCAACAAUCUGUGAUCCAGCAGCUCUUCAAUGGUUUAUUUUUGCCAAAGCACAGGAAGCAAGAGAGAAUUUGAAAAGAAAGGAGGAGAUGAUGCUUACAGAGAAGGAGCUAAUCAACACUUCCACGGAAAGAUUUUCUUUGGAUCGGCUGUAUAAGGAGCCCAGUGUUUCCAGUGCACAGAUGAUAGAUUGUUGUAAGAGGCUGCUGGAGGAAUCCUUACCCUACCUACAAGGCAUGCACCUUUGCAUUUCGCAUUUCUACUCUGUGCUGCAGGAUGGAGACCUGUGUAUACCUUGGAACUGGAAAAACUGAGGGAUGUAUCUGAUAAUCAGAUGAAUUGUUUUAUUUUCUGUAAGAGGUUAUAAAUAUGAAUGUUUUUAAGAGUAAAUUAUUUAAAUCUGUAUUUUGAUAUCAGUAUUCAGCUCACAAAUUUUCUUCCAACUGCUGCUGAGGAAGGAUUGCAGUUCUAGACAAUUUGCACAAUGCGCAGUAUUGGUAGUCCUGGGAAAGACAUCUGUACAUUAUCCAUACUACUGUAGGAGUCCCAGUGUAUGGUUACAGUUGUGAAACCCGUUUUUGUAGUGAAUUCUGAAAAUACAUUAAAUUUCAAGUCUGCAAAAA